AUGCAUGUACUAAAAGAGAAGGCCGCUCGCGGGAGCUGUGCCCCGCAAGGUGAUCUAUCCUCAACGGGUAUCGUCUUCAUUCCCGCAAUCGGUGCAGAUGCGCGCAAAACGUGGGAGCGUACUCCGGAACGGGCAGAGACAGAGGGGACGCAGCGUUUGGACCUUUGCGUACUUGACAGGCUGAGAUUUACAGCGCAAGUUCAUUUGUAUGAUCAUUUGACCAGAAAAGAAAGGAGCGUUGAGGUUCCAAAGAUCAAGAAGCCGUUAGCCGAACCGCAACAAGCUGUGUACAAUGAAUACUUACAGACAGGCAACCAAGUGGCGGCCUAUGGAGUGAAUGAUUGGGCUGAUAGAUUUCUGGAGUGUAUGAGAACUCACCGGCAAUCCCGAGAUGUCGUGGACAGGCCGAUCAUCUUCAUCUGCCAUAGUACAGGAGGCAACGUACUGAAGGCAGCAUUGACGAAAAAGUCUGGCACCGACGUUAACGAGAUCGCAAGUAAUACCAUCGCAAUUACAUUCUUUGGUGUACCCCAUCAUGGAUCAAGCGUCAUCUCAGGGAAUUCGUAUGAACGUGCUGUUCAGAACAAGCUAAACCUCAAAUGGCCCAUGUCCAAAAGACUACGGCAAGACUUCCAAAUCCACGAGAAUGAAGGGCUAGAGCUUCUGAAUCAUAGAUUCGCUGUCGACAUCGUAGGGGUCAAAAUACAUAGCUACGCCGAGACCGCCGACACCAUUUUAGACCUUUUGACGGUCGCCAGAGGAGGUGGUGAGCAGUCGACGACUUUUCGACUCUGCAUAGUGGACAGCAGGUCAGGCAAAUUGGGAACGGCUCAAGUUCCAGUAGAGGAUGAAGAGUCUAUGCAGCUUGAUCUGACCCAUGUGGAACUCCCGCGUUUUUACGAACAGGAUGGCCAACUUGAGUCGUAUCUUACGGCGAUCGAAGAACUUGUGAAGGGAUACGACGCAAAGGACCAGAGAGAAUACCAGAUGCUCAAGAAUAAGAUCAUGAAGGAUGUCAACAUUCACAUUCAUCAAUUCUAUGGAGAUCCAAAUUCGAUGCGAGUAAUUUUGGCGAAGCCUACGCUCGAGGACUUCCUGAAGGACGGGCCGGACAAGACAAUGAUGAGGCGCCUCGACAAUCAAGACACAGACCUACCAGGUACUGCUGAGAUGGAACGGCGUCCAACCAUUGGCUUCACUCCUGCUUCCGAGCAAUCGGUGCCUGUAGUGCCCAAUGUUCAGAUCAAUGGUCCAAUAGAUGACGACGCACACAGCAAUCAUGAAUCGCAUUCUAAAUCCAUGCUUGCGCCACCACCAGUGCCCUCUCCUCGAAGUAUACACACCCAACGUCCACCAAAGAUCGAUGGUCCCGAGUCCUCGAAUGGGGUGCCUCCUCAGGUAAAAGCGGUGAGAUUUGCCACAGGACAUGGAAAUGAGAACAAGCCGGCAACUGCCGCCACGGUUCAAUUACCAGCUCAAGGAUCAGAACGUUUUCGAUGGAUUCAUGUCCCGUUCACGUAUCCAGGAUGGGUCCACCAAGUUCUGGGAACGAUAUCGGAGGACAAAAGUAACCUGAAAUUACAUCAACAACUACUGCUUGACAAGAUAUGGCUUGGUCAGCACAAUCAAUCCAGACAUGCUUCGCCGCAUGCAAGAUUCGUAAGGCCUUCUGUAAAGGCACUUUACCCAGAAGGUGCCAAAGAAUCUGAUGCGCUUGCAAUGCCCUCGAGUUCGUGUGAUUCUGUGCAACUCGUUGCAUAUAUGCCAUAUCUCCACUGGGACAGCUUCAAAAGCAUGAAGGAACGAGCUAAUGUCAUUAACCGCCGUCUUGAUCAGCCUCAGGCACGUCCAAUUCCCCGUGAUAUCACUCUUGGCAACAGUCUAGAGCACAAACUCAUCUGGCAAUUUUUGACGUUAGACAGGCCUUUGCACUGCAGACGAACGCUUGAUCAGUAUGGUUACCCCUCUCUUCGCAACACCAUAGUCCGGGACCAUGAUCAAAUAUUGUGGAAACGAACCAGACUUGAGUUGCAGAGGACACCCAGCAGUCUAUCCAAUUCGACCACGGCGAAAGCCAAAAAGCCGCCCAAGCCAAUGGAUAUCCAACCCAACGUGGUUGGGACGGAGAGUCACAUACCAAAAGUCCUUAUGGUUGAUCAACUUUGGAUGUGGAUCGUAGAUGACGCAACUGUUGUGACGUUCUUCCCUGGCAGGGAAAAUGACAACCACACUGGGUGCUCCCGCGAAGGCGACGUAAGGAGCUUGAUUUAUCAAGACAUCAACGGAGAUUUCGCCAAUCAAUGUGAUGAUCCGUAUGACUUCGCAGCGCUCGCUGUACGACAUGCAAUCCGAGCUUUGCUUGCGAAGACUACUGAUCGGAAUUUGCAAGCAUUUCGCAUCUUCGAAGAGUACAUCAGCAUCCUGACCGAAAAGCAAAAUAAAUCUUGGAAGGAUUUCCGGAAUAAUCAAAACCUCAAGAUUGAGGACAUGGAAACCGAGAAGCACGUGAACAACAGGGAAGAUCUGAAUUCCCUACUUGAGCUUCGCGACAUUGAGGAUGAACUCAACACCAUUGACAAACUCAUACGAGAACAGCAGUCGGUUGUUGGGGAUAUGACCAUUCGUUACGAAGAAUUGAACCGCGCAGGCAAAGGCCUCAAAGGGAAGGAGUUUCUCGCAGACAUCACCCAAUUCUUGAGUGAGCAUAAAGUGCAAAUUGACAGCAUGCGCGACAGUACACAAGCUGCCAAAAAAGCGUAUACGGAGUUGCUCGACAUGAAACAGAAACAGGCCAAUGUGAUGGAAGCCCGUCUGGCAGGAAAGCAAAGCACGACAGUCUCGAGCUGUCUUGAUCUUUACCUUCAUCACCAUCAUCUUCUUGCCGCUUUCCUUUUUGCAAGCGUGUUCGGGAUUAACGCGAAAGAGUGGAGUGGAGAUGGUACGCAUUACAUGCGCCUGCACGAUAUCUUCCUGUACAUGAUCAUGCUUUCACUGGCUGUGAUCACCAUUGCACUAUUGGCAGCCUUCAGUAAACCGGCAAGGAGGCUGGCUAUGCGAUCGUGGCACUGGAUAGGAAUUCGCUACCAGACUUUGUUCCCGUCGAAGGCGCAAACGCGCGUGGAUGAUGAGAUGACGGUAGAUAAUUUCAAUUACGACGUGGAAAGAUAUGGCGCCGACACCAACGAGAAAUACCAUAACAGCCGGUUGUCGACGGUAUCUCGGACACAGACUGCACUUCAUCUGGACGAGAAGUAUGAGAGUGACAUGGAAAGGAAGCGCAACGGCUCGGUGAAGUGGCUGUCGAAUGGGUUCGGGCACUGA